AUGAAUUUUUCACCAUUGGCGAAUCCUCAGUGUGUGUUCAGCAGCCCCAGCAUAGGCAACGUCAACGAUGAUACAGGUAUGGGCUAUUCCCCAAAACACUGCGACAAUGAUGUGGGGCGUGCAGAUUCACAUGGAGCCGUAACGCACCGACAGUCAAGAACCUUCAGCACCGGGCAUAUGACGAACAUGGUCCAUCACGCCCAGCAAUACCCUGUUUCCAGGGGUAAUAGGCAUACUCGUGUUGGAAGCAAGCUCUUUGUAGGGCAGGUACCUGCUGUCGCAACAGAAAAACAACUGCGACCGGUUUUUGAACCCUAUGGAGAGCUUUUAGAGGUUAAGAUCAUGCGUGAUUCCAUGGGACGUUCAAAGGGGAGCGCAUGGGUGCGUUAUCGAACGGAUGAGAUGGCCUCGAGCGCCAUUUAUGCUCUCCAUGAGAAGCACACGGUUCCUCCCCAAACCAAUCCACUUCGUGUACAAUUUGCCACCAUAAGCAAAGCAAGGUGCCCGAACCAACAGGUGUAUACGAUGAGUUCAAGAGCACCAAUGGCUCAAAUUCCUGGUGAAACGGGCAUGGUGGGAAUGCCGUUGCGUUUGGGUGCCUCUGUUAACAUGUUUCCCCCCACAAUCGCCGACAACAAUGGAGGGUAUACUCUUCCGUCAUCUAUCCACUCUCAGAGUGUUCCCGGCACAGGUUCUGGCCCGUACACAUCAUCUACAAAUCGCGUUGAUGGCUUAGAUAGGAACCGAGGCAGUUAUAGUUCCUUCUCUGUCGAGGAGCAACCAUACACAUCAGCACCGAGACUCUACCAGUUUGAGAGUGUUGUUUAUCCAUCAGCCACUGCUCCCCAUUCAAAUGUAUAUAAUCAACACGUGCAUACACAGCAAAAACAAUCUGAGAGUGGCUCUAACAAGAAAGAGACUUGUACCGGACGUACGUGGACUUUUGACGUAGCGGAUGAUGAACACAUCGAAAGUUUACAAAACGAUGCCUCCAUUUCCAGAAACGGUGGCCUUUCUCUCAACAAUGGGAAUAUUUCGUGGGAUGACGAGAAAUGGCAGUCCCCAACAGGUGCAAUGAUCCGCUUGAGCGGAUCGGGCGAGUAG